CUCUCCCCUCGGCUCCCUCACAGUCCCGCCUGGCUUGGCGGGACCCGGUCGAAGGAGGGGGCUCCUCCGGGGAGGUGGUCCCUUGUCCCCAGGUGAGCUGGGCCCACACUGGGGGGAAGGAGGCAGAGCGUGAGGGGCUGAAAGAGAAAACCGAGGUCGAGGGCUGCUGAAGGGGUGGGGGUCAGAGCCUGCUUAUUAGGGUCCGGUUCCCAAGUCUGAGACCAUAGCCACGCCCCCUCGUCUGGAGUCCCUGGGGGCACCCGCAGACUGAGUCCCAGCACAUCCCAAUCGGUGCUGCCACAGGAUGCCGGAUCCUUGGACCUGUCAGGGUUGGGGGCCCGUUUCCGAUGGGAGAAUUAGCACCCCGAGAACAGGAAUGGUCUUGCCAAAGGGUGACCCCACGGGCAGCAGGUGGAACUGGGGUACAGCAGGCCCUGGGCCCCCUCGCACUUAUCUGUGGCCACACCUGGCUUUGUCUGUGUCUGUGACAGUCUCAUCUUUCUGUGCCCUUUGGACCUUUCUCCCCCAUGGCCAAACAGGGAAACGGAGGCCUCUGGCUGCGUGUCGCUUUGAGAUGUGGAUGGGGACUGAGUCCAGACCUGCUCCGGCUGAGUGCUUUCUCUUCAUCUCUGGCGAUGCCAGGGCCACGACCCUGAAGCCCGCCCGACAGGCAGCCCCCAGCCCUUCUGGGAGGAGGGGCGGGGCGGCCCGGCGCCCCCAGCCGCGACCCCACCGCGGAGAUGCUGCGGAGGCCGGCAGCGCGGUCCGGCCAGGACCCCGGGGAGCCAGCGCCUGAGCCAGGGGUGGAGGAGCUGGGGGAGCAAGAGAUUGGGCGGCUGUGGUCCUCCCAGGCACAAGUCCGGGGGCUGCCGUAUGCCAUGGUGGACAAGCGCUUCAUCCGGCAGCUGCGGGAGCCCCGGGGGGUGAAGACCUCUCGCUGGCAGCGAUGGCGGCGCAGGGGGCAGACAGCGGGCCGGCGCCUAGGGGAGGCAGCGCGGAGGCUGGUCCGGGGCUUCGGCCUCUGGGAAGACGCCCUCUACGAGAUCGGGGGCCUCUUUGGCACCGGAAUCCAGUCCUACUUCACCUUCCUUCGCUUCCUGCUGCUGCUCAACUUGCUGACCCUGCUCCUGACCGCAGGCUUCGUGCUGCUGCCCCUGGUCUGGCUCCGCCCCCCUGACACAGGCCCCUCCCUUAACUUCACCCUCCAGUGCCCUGGUGGCCUCCAGCCCCAGACUGGUGUUCCCAGAUUCCACAAUCAACUUUGGAAUGUUUUAACCGGCAGGGCCUUCAACACCACCUACCUCUUCUAUGGCGCAUACCGGGCAGGCCCGGAGAGCAGCUCGGCCUACAGCAUCCGCCUGGCCUACCUCCUGAGCCCGCUGGCCUGCCUGUUCCUCUGCUUCUGUGGGACUCUGCGGCGGAUGGUAAAGGAGCUGCCACAGAGGCUGUUUCUGGGCCAAGACUACAGGUCACCUCUCAGUGUCAAAGUCUUCUCCUCCUGGGACUUCUGUAUCCGGGGACAGGAAGCAGCCACCAUCAAGAAGCACGAGAUCAGCAACGAGUUCAAGGUGGAGCUGGAAGAAGGGCGUCGAUUCCUGCUGAUGCAGCAGCAGACCCGGACCCAGAGGGCCUGCCACCUGCUCACCUACCUGUGGGUCAAUGUCCUCAUCGGGCUCCUGGUGGUCGGGGCCAUCAGCGCCAUCUUCUGGGCCACCAAGUACUCACAGGACAACAAAGAGGAGUCUCUGUUCGUGCUGCUACAGUACCUGCCCCCGGGGGUCAUCGCCCUGGUCAACUUUGUGGGUCCCCUGCUCUUUGUUUUCCUCAUCCAGCUGGAGAACUACCCUCCCAACACUGAGGUCAACCUCACCCUUAUCUGGUGCGUGGUGCUGAAGCUGGCCAGCCUGGGAAUGUUCUCCUUCUCUCUGGGCCAGACUGUGCUGUGCCUUGGCAGAAACAAGACCAGCUGUGAGUCCUUCGGCUACAACGCCUGUGAUUACCAGUGCUGGGAGAACGCGGUCGGGGAAGAGCUGUACAAGCUGAGCAUCUUCAACUUCCUCCUCACGGUGGCCUUUGCCUUCUUUGUCAGCCUGCCUAGGAGGCUGCUGGUGGAGCGGUUCUCAGGCUCUUUCUGGGUCUGGCUGGACCGGGAAGAGUUCCUGGUGCCCAAGAAUGUCCUGGACAUUGUGGCCGGCCAGACGAUCACCUGGAUGGGCCUCUUCUACUGUCCCCUGCUGCCUCUGCUCAACAGUGUCUUCAUCUUCCUCACCUUCUACAUCAAGAAGCUGGUGCUCAUCCUGGGCCUGCUCCUGGCCGUCGUGCCUCUGGGCUAUGUGGUCAGCAGCAUCCACUCCUCCUGGGACUGCGGCCUCUUCGCCAACUACGCGGCCCCCUGGCAGGUAGUCCCAGAGCUGAUGGCCCUCCGGCUCCCGCCCUCUGGCCAGCGCGUCCUCCGCUACCUGGGCUCCCACGCUUUCAGCUUCCCCGUCCUCAUCCUGCUCAGCCUUGUCCUGACCGUCUGCGUCUCCCAGUCCCAGGCCAAUUCGAGGGCCAUCCAGCGGAUCCGGAAGCAACUGGUGUGGCAAGUCCAGGAAAAGUGGCACCUGGUGGAGGACCUGUCGCGGCUGCUGCCGGAACCGGGCUCCGGCGACUCUGUGGGGCCCGAGGCCCUUCACUCCCGAGCUUCGCGCCCGCGAUCCUUCUGCCCUGGAUUCCCGUGCCCCGGCUCCCCGGGCCCCAGGACCCCCAGGCCCGGACCUUGCCUCGAGGAUCCCGCUGGGCUCUUCGGUGACCCGGGCCCCGCGCGUAGAUUCCGCCUUCCCAGCGGCUCAGAGCUGUAGCAUCGACCCCUGCCUCGGGCCCGGGGCUCGACCCACCUCCCCCACCAGAGUCCCCCUGGCCCCAAGCUCCUGCCCCCUCCCCGUGCCGGACACCACCGCCCCUCUCAGUGGGCCCUCCAGCAGGACGCAGGAGAGCCCCCGGGCAGCAGGAAGAAAAUAUGGUGACUUGUAUUUCUAUUUUUAGCCCGGUCCUGUAAAGUUUCUAUUUUUGUUGGAUGGUUUAUAACGUACAUAAUACAUUAGCAUAGUAACCCACGAAUGCGAUAUAUAAAUACACACCCACCGGAAGUGCUCAGAAAGUGUUUCCUGUGGGGAGCGCCGCUGACAUCUACGCGAAGGGCAAGACCCGGCCGCCGCUGAGCACACCUGCACUAGGGGCUUGCUGUGCUCUGAGUGCACAUUGCUGCCCCCCGCG